CAAAAAGGCAACCCGCAAACACAUUCUUCACCCUUACCCUCCUGUUCUCCUGGACAAGCUAAACGUUUGCAGGAGCAUCAUGUCUUGUUCAUCCCGGACCUCUUCCUCCCAGGCUGGAGGCAGCAGCGUGGUCAGGGUGUCUGCUGGUGGCAGCAACUUCAGCAGAGGAAGCAGAUGUGGGCUGGGGAGCGGCUCUGCCCGGGGCUUCCAAGGAGGAGCUGGCAGCUGUGGCCUGAGUGGGGGCUUGAGCGGUGGCUUUGGAGGGGGUUUUGGUAGCUGCUCGGUAGGAGGUGGUUUUGGAGGAGGUUCAGGCGCUGGUGUUGGCAUGGGUAGGGGUUCUGCCUUUGGUAUGGGUUCUGCCUUUGGUAUCGGUUCUGGAUUCAGUGGCGGUUCUGGAUUCAGUGGUGGUGCUAGUGCAGGCUUCUGCAGCUUGGGUGGCGACGGAGGGCUUUUCUCUGGAAAUGAAAAGCAAACCAUGCAGAACCUCAACGACCGCCUGGCUAACUACCUAGACAAAGUCAGAGCCCUGGAGGAGGCCAACAGUGAUCUGGAGGACAAAAUCAAGGAGUGGUAUCACAAGCAUGGGUGCGGGUCUGGCGACAGGGGCUCGGGAAGAGAUUAUAGCAAAUACUACCCAAUCAUUGAAGACCUCAGAAAUCAGAUCAUUGCUGCCACUAUUGAAAAUGCUGGGAUCGUCUUGCAGAUUGACAAUGCCAGGCUGGCUGCUGAUGACUUCAGACUGAAGUACGAGAGUGAGCUGCACCUCCGGCAGGUCGUGGAGGCCGACAUCAACGGCCUGCGGAAGGUCCUGGACCAGCUGGGCCUGACUCGCUCCGACCUGCAGGUGCAGGUCGAGAGCCUCACGGAGGAGCUGGCCUUCCUGAAGAAGAACCACGAGGAGGAAAUGAAGAACAUGCAAAGAAGCUCUGGAGGAGAUGUGACGGUAGAAAUGAACGCCGCCCCAGGGACUGACCUGACCAAGUUACUGAACGACAUGCGGGCACAGUAUGAGGAGCUGGCUGAGCAAAACCGCCGCAAGGCCGAGGAGCAGUUCCACAAGCAGAGUGCCUCGCUGCAAGCACAGAUCUCCACUGAUGCUGGAGCGGCCAGUUCCGCCAGGAGUGAGAUAACAGAACUGAAACGGACCCUGCAGGCCCUGGAAAUUGAGCUUCAGUCCCAACUGGCCAUGAAAAGCUCCCUGGAGGGGACCCUGGCCGACACGGAGGCUAACUACGCGGCUCAGCUGUCAGAAAUUCAGAUGCAGAUCAGUAGCUUAGAAGAGCAGAUCUGCCAGAUCCGGGGCGAGACCGGAUGUCAGAAUGCAGAAUAUGAGCAGCUGCUGGACGUCAAGACCCGCCUGGAGAUGGAGAUCGAGACUUACCGCCGCCUGCUCGACGGAGAGGGAGGUGGUUCUUGUUUUGGAGGAUCUGAUUUCAGAAACUCAGGAUCCAGAAACAUGGAAUCCAGGGAUUCUGUGUCUGGUGACUCAAGAUCUGAAAGCUGUUCCAGCCAAGGAAGAGACCCAAGCAAGACGAGAGUGACUAAGACCAUCAUAGAGGAGGUGGUGGAUGGCAAAGUCGUCUCAUCUAAAGUCAGCAAUGUUUCUGAGGUGAAAGUCAAUUGAGCAGCUUCCAGAUCAAUAACAGCGUCUUUCAGAGAAAAAGAAAUCUAAAGGACACACACGAAGAUACUACAUCAAUGUAGCCAUCAUUCUGGAUAACGUCGGGGAACGGCUUCUGCGCGGAAGUAGAUGCUAACCAACUUCUUCUGCAGCCUCUUCUUUUAUUUCUGGAAUGCUCUUCUCCCUCCCUCUCUUCCCCUCUCUCUAAAAAUAAGUAAAAUCUUUAUUCAAAAAGAAUGCUCUUGAAAAAGUUGAAAUGACAACUU